AUGACAAGCGUUCCUCUUAUCUGUUCCAUUGACAUAGGUACGACAUCCACGAGGGUGAUUUUGUUCACCGAUUCUGGUGAAGAAGUGACAAAACACCAAAUCGAAUAUUCGACGUCGGCGAAAGAGGGGUCGAAACGGAAUUCCCCCACUAUUUUCUCCAACGAAGGUAUUCCUUUGGAUAUCGGAGAAGGAGGCCACGUCAAGGUCGAAGAAGACCACCAUGCGGGUCCGACUCUCUCCUUCCCAGAGCCCGGCUGGGUCGAAUGUGACCCUUGUCAUAUUUUAGCAAACGUGUUGGAAUGUUUGGGUGCGUGUUUGACACAACUGGAAAUAUCCAAUUCUGAAGAACCGCUUGACGGAUCGUCGCCGACCGUGUACCAUGUUGCCGCUAUCGGAAUAGCCAACAUGCGUGAAACAACCAUCAUCUGGUCCAAGAAGACGGGCAGACCGCUUCACAACGGUAUCGUGUGGAACGACACCCGUACUUUGUCUUUGAUGAAUAACCUAAACGCCAACGUUCCGGUUUCUAUUAGAAGAGAGAUCCAGGAAAGAGCCGGAUGUCCGAUCUCCACCUACUUCUCGGCCUUGAAGUGGACCUGGCUGUACCAGAACGUGCCGUUGAUUAGAAAUGCGUACGAGAGCGGCGAAGGUGAUUUGAUGUUCGGUACCGUCGACACUUGGCUCAUCUACAAUAUCACGCGGGAGAAGUCGUUCAUGACCGACAUCACCAACGCCUCUAGAACCAGUUUCAUGAACUUGCAGACCAAAAACUACGACGAGCAGUUGCUCGAGUUCUGGGGAGUUGACCCGAACAAAAUGCAUUUGCCGGAAAUCGUGCCAAGCAGUCACAAUUUUGGAACCUUCGAGCUUCGAGACCUCAAGGAGAUCGGAUACAAUAGACACGUUCUUUCUGAGGACGAGGCCAACAUCGUGUCCAAGUAUCUCCGGAACGUGCCGAUUACCGGCUGUCUUGGUGAUCAGUCGGCAUCUUUAGUUGGCCAGCUUGCUUUCCAUAAGGGAGACGCCAAAUGUACGUACGGAACGGGUGCGUUUCUGUUGUACAACACCGGAGACACUCAGUUGGUGUCCGAGCACGGUGCCGUCACCACCGUCGGGUACUGGUUCCCGGAACUGGACGAGUCUGUGGACGGCCCCAAAUGUGCUGAGCCUCAUUUCUGUUUGGAGGGCUCGAUUGCCGUUGCCGGAUCAUGUGUCCAAUGGCUUAGAGACAACUUGAAACUUAUCUACAGUGCGUCCCACAUUGGUCCGCUUGCUGCUCAGGCACCAACCAGUGCGGGAGUGGUGUUCGUGCCUGCUUUCUCCGGUCUUUUUGCUCCUUACUGGAACGCACAAACUACAGGUACUAUUUUCGGACUGACGCAGUAUUCUAAAGCCACCCACAUUGCCAGAGCUGCCAUUGAAGGUGUGUGUUUCCAAGUGCGUGCUAUAUUGAACGCAAUGGUCUCGGACGCGUCGUCUUCUCACGAAUUCCUGGCAAAAGCUUCGCAGCACCACAGAGAAAACCCGUUGAACACGCUCCACGUUGAUGGAGGUAUGUCUCAGUCCGACGUUGUGAUGCAAAUUCAAGCCGACAUUCUAGGUCCUUCCGUUUCGGUUGUUAGAUCUCAUAACGCCGAAUGCACAGCUCUUGGUUCCGCGAUUGCUGCAGGACUUCAUAAAGAUGUAAAAAUUUGGGAGUCUCUGGAGCAUGUGAAGAAGAAGCUGGGUGGCGAUACCAACGGUCCAAACAUGUAUGUGGCCCAAUUGGAGGAUGCCAAGAGAGAGAAGAUGUGGCGUCUUUGGGAGCGGGCCAUUUCCAGAGCCAGAGACUGGCUCGAGGACGACGAGGAUGAAGAUGUAGAAAUUACGUAA